AUGGGCGAGACCAAGAUCAUCUACCACCUGGACGGGCAGGAGACGCCGUACCUGGUGAAACUGCCGCUGCCCGCCGAGCGCGUCACCUUGGCGGACUUUAAGGGCGUUCUGCAGCGACCCAGCUACAAGUUCUUCUUCAAGUCUAUGGACGACGACUUCGGAGUGGUGAAGGAGGAGAUCUCAGAUGACAAUGCCAAGCUACCCUGCUUUAACGGCCGGGUGGUGUCCUGGCUAGUGUCAGCUGAGGGCUCGCACCCAGAGCCAGCCCCCUUCUGUGCUGACAACCCAUCAGAGUUGCCACCGCCUAUGGAGCGCACAGGAGGCAUCGGGGAUUCCCGACCGCCAUCCUUCCACCCUCAUGCUGGUGGGGGCAGCCAGGAGAACCUGGACAAUGACACAGAGACAGACUCCUUGGUGUCUGCACAGCGAGAGCGGCCACGCCGAAGGGAUGGCCCAGAGCAUGCAACCCGGCUAAAUGGAACUGCAAAGGGGGAGCGGCGGCGAGAGCCAGGGGGUUAUGAUAGCUCAUCCACACUUAUGAGCAGCGAGCUGGAGACCACCAGCUUCUUUGACUCAGAUGAGGAUGACUCCACCAGCAGGUUCAGCAGCUCCACAGAACAGAGCAGCGCCUCACGCCUGAUGAGAAGACAUAAGCGGCGGCGGAGGAAGCAGAAGGUUUCUCGGAUUGAGCGGUCCUCGUCCUUCAGCAGCAUCACGGACUCCACCAUGUCACUCAACAUCAUCACAGUUACUCUCAACAUGGAAAAGUAUAACUUCUUGGGCAUCUCCAUUGUCGGCCAAAGCAAUGAACGUGGUGACGGAGGCAUCUACAUUGGCUCUAUCAUGAAGGGUGGGGCCGUGGCUGCUGAUGGACGCAUUGAGCCAGGAGAUAUGCUGUUACAGGUAAACGAGAUCAAUUUUGAGAACAUGAGUAAUGACGAUGCAGUCCGGGUACUGCGGGAGAUUGUGCACAAACCGGGGCCCAUCACCUUGACUGUAGCCAAGUGCUGGGACCCAAGUCCACGUGGUUGCUUCACAUUGCCCAGGAGCGAGCCCAUCCGGCCCAUUGACCCUGCGGCCUGGGUCUCCCACACUGCGGCCAUGACGGGUACCUUCCCUGCCUACGGCAUGAGCCCCUCCCUGAGCACCAUCACCUCCACCAGCUCCUCCAUCACCAGCUCCAUCCCUGACACAGAACGCCUAGAUGACUUCCACCUGUCCAUCCACAGUGACAUGGCCGCUAUAGUAAAAGCUAUGGCCUCCCCUGAAUCAGGGCUGGAGGUUCGCGAUCGCAUGUGGCUCAAGAUUACCAUCCCCAACGCUUUCAUCGGCUCAGACGUGGUGGACUGGUUGUACCACAAUGUGGAAGGCUUCACUGACCGGAGGGAGGCCCGCAAGUAUGCCAGCAACCUGCUGAAAGCUGGCUUUAUCCGCCACACUGUCAACAAGAUCACCUUCUCUGAGCAGUGCUACUACAUCUUCGGCGACCUCUGCGGCAACAUGGCCAACUUGUCCCUCCAUGACCACGACGGCUCCAGCGGCGCCUCUGACCAGGACACCCUGGCUCCUUUGCCGCACCCAGGAGCCGCCCCUUGGCCCAUGGCUUUCCCUUACCAGUACCCACCACCCCCGCACCCCUACAACCCACACCCGGGCUUCCCAGAGCUGGGCUACAGCUACGGUGGAGGCAGUGCCAGCAGUCAGCACAGUGAAGGCAGUCGGAGCAGUGGCUCCAACCGUAGCGGCAGCGAUCGGAGGAAGGAGAAGGACCCAAAGGCCGGGGACUCCAAGUCAGGUGGCAGCGGCAGUGAGUCGGACCACACUACACGCAGCAGCCUGCGGGGGCCACGUGAGCGGGCGCCCAGCGAACGCUCGGGCCCAGCAGCCAGCGAGCACAGCCACCGCAGUCACCACUCGCUGGCCAGCAGCCUGCGCAGCCACCACACACACCCGAGCUACGGCCCUCCAGGAGUGCCCCCUCUCUAUGGCCCCCCCAUGCUGAUGAUGCCCCCACCUCCUGCGGCCAUGGGGCCCCCAGGAGCCCCUCCGGGCCGCGACCUGGCCUCUGUGCCCCCCGAACUGACCGCCAGCAGACAGUCCUUCCGCAUGGCCAUGGGAAACCCCAGACUUCCCAGGAUCCUUCACCUCCUGGGACCGGACUUGCUGGUGCUGCCCCUUACUUCUGUCCGCCCCACCCACUUUUAGGAGCUGACCCCAGCCAUAACCUUGGGGGCAUGCUCACCUCCUUAUUUAUCCCCUCCUUCUGCCCCCUCAGUUGCUUUUCACCAUUCAUUCUGCUACAUCAUCCCUCUAUUAACCCCACCUCUUCAGGCAUGUGUGCAAAUCUCUUGACUUUGCCCCACAGUACUGACACCAAAAAAAAUUUGCUUCACCUGCCUUCCUAACUGUUCCCCUGCCUGCUGCCUCAGUCCUGCACCUUAGCUGUAGUCACCUCCAGUGGCCAUCCAUGCUAUCCCUCCCUGUGCCCAGCAGGGAUCAGAAGCCUGGAGGGCCCUCUCGGUUGCUUGAGUGGCUAGUGGCUUCCAGGGAGCAUCUCUUACUCUACUCCCACCCCAUGGCUGCCUUGCAUGCUGGUUCCUUCAGACCCCUAACCCUACUAACCAGUGGGCUCAUCUCACCUCCCAGCCUGAAACAUUUCUUUUCUUUCUUUUUUCCUCCCCCAAUUUACCCUGGGCCUGGAGCAGCCAAGAAUUUCGGGCUGUUUGACUUUCUGUGAGCCCCCAGCGAGGGGAGGCCCAGCCUCCGAGGAGACCAGGAACCCUGCUUCAGCAGCCCCUCAGGGCUUCCCAAGGAUGUCCAGCCCCCACACCCACACUUCAACAUAUUGAGUCACUAGGCUUCUGGGAAGGGACCCCAGCUUUCUUUACCCAUUCAUGGGAGACUCUUCUUUCCAGAAAGAGUAUUCUCUCUCUCUCUCUCUCUCUCUCUCUCUCUCUCACGCAUGCACUCACGCAUGCAUGCACGCGCGCGCGCCUAUGUGAGUUCACUUAAGACUCAGGGCUAGUCCCUGCCCAGAGGGCUGGACCCUCUGUCCCAGUCAACUCCCAGGUUGUGAGGUUGGGCCCCUGACUUUCCCCUUCCUCAUGGCCUUCAAGCCUCCCACACAUUUCCCCAGCAUCUUCCUACCUGGAUAAAGCCCAUAAGCUGGGUCUUAGGCUGGGCUCAGCAGAGGACUCCCCAGGUGACUGACAGGUCAUUCUCACCACCCUCCACGUGACACACCCUUCCCUGUGUUUACAUCCACUAUGACACCCCAGAGCAAGGACAUAGGAGCCUACAGGCCAAUUGAGUUUGGGCAGAAGGAAUUCUGGGCCUUCUAGACAGACUUCCAAGCCCCAGGUUUUCUUUUUCUUUUUUUUUUUUGGUGGCUGUCAAGUACAGAGAUCUGAACCCUUGACCUUGGUGUUACAACACCACACUCUAACCAAUUGAGCCAAGCAGCCAGGCUCAAGUGCCAGGUUUUCUUUUUUUUUUUUUUAGCUUAUUCUCCACUGUAAACAAAUCAUGACUUUCUCUUUAAGCCUCUGCUAUGAAUACUCCUGGCUUCCCUAAGCUCCCAUAUUUUCAGGGCUGGAGUGUCAAGAGUGAGAUGAAGUCCUUAGGGUCCAGGCUUUGGGGUGAACUGAGGUAGGGGCAUUUUGGCAUUCACUCAUUUAACAAAUACUUCCUGAGGUUUUAGUGAGCAGAAGGCUGUGUGGAAAGUGUGACUGUGUAGUCUUGCCUGCUUUCUGGGAGCUUUGAGUUUGCUCCCAAUCCAGGCCAUGGCUUCUUCUAGCCACCACUACAGGGUUGUCUCCUGUACUGUCUGGUUCUGCCUUGUCCAUCUCUCUUGAGAAUUUCUCCACUAUUGUUUAUGCCUUCAGUGUCAGUGCUUUCCUUGUUCCAUCUUUGGUCCACUUCUCUUUCCUCUCUAUUUAUUCCCAAAAUGAUGUCAUCCAUCCUGAUGUCCUCAAUUGCCACUGAUAUGCUGGUGAUUCUCAGAUAUAUAGCUUCAACUCCAACUUCCCCCAGUCUUUAGAUCUGUAUUUUUAUUACUCUCUGGACAUCUCCAUGGACAUGUCCAUAUGGACUCAGCUCAUGUCCCCAACCCAAGUGUGUUCCUCCUGAAUUGUAAUCCUGGCUACCUUCAUCACAAUCUACGUAGGCUUACCAGCUAGAAAUAUUUAUGGGCUUAAAUUCCUUCUUCCCAUAUCUUACUAGUCAUCAUAUCCAUUCCACUCUGAAAAAUCUUUCUUGCAUUUGGCCCUUCCUCUCCCCUCUGUCUCUACUUUAAUUCACCAGAGCAAGGGUUUUGGAGUCAGGUUAUUCUGGGUUUGAAUUCCAGCUCUGCUAUUUUGGUUGCGUGAUAGAGUUAUUUAACCUCUCUGAGCCUCAGUUCCG